AUGUCAACAACUGAAAUCAAUUCAUUUCGUAAAGAUUUAAUUAAUAUCUCAUUGAAUGAAAGUAUUGAUCAACUUAAUGAACAAUUACGUCAUUUACUUGAUAACGAUCGAAUUCAUUUUAGUAAAAGAAGAAAAAUUCUUUUACAACUUGAAAGAAAAAAUAAUCAACAUCGACGAUCAAUUGAUCGAUCAGAUUUACACAAUCAAAAAAUAAUAACGAUUAAUAACAAUCUCAUUCGAUGCAUAAAAAAGAAGAUUAUAGAUGAAGAUCGUCAACAACAACAACAGAGAACAAAUGAACAAGAUGAAGAUACUAGUUGGUCUCUUGGUGGCAUGGCUACUUUAUUUGGUGCAGCUUUUGCUGGAAUUAUCAGUGCUGCAACUUUCAUAAUAAUGAUGUUAGACCGGUCAAAAGAAAGAACCAUUUGA